CCUAAUGGAAAGGUAGCAGUAUGUGUGGUUAGAUUUUAUCAGAUGGGGAUUUUAUUUAAAUUUGAAUUCCUGAAAGUAACACACAAUCACAGGCAAUUCUGUCAGAAAUUUAUUUAUCCUAGCUGAGUGACAUUCAAAUAUAGGCUAUAUAUCAGAACACCUGGAGGGCUGUGGAAAGCAAUUGCUGGCCCCACCUAUGGGGUUUCUGAUCUAGUAGAUCUGAGAUGUGUCUCAAGAAUUCCUGUGUCUAACAAACUCUCACACGAUGCUGAGGACUGGGACCACACUUGGAGAACCACUACCCAGGUCUUGUUACUCAAAGUGUGGUUUAUGGACCAGCUAUGUGGGUAUUGCCUGUGGGUUGUUAGCAAUGCAGAGCCUUCAAUCCCACCCCCUAGAUCAACUGAACUAGAAUCUGCUAUUUAACAAGAUCCCCAAGGGAUACCUGUAUACAUUAAAGGUUAGGACACAGCACUCCAAGGCAGUGCUUCCCCCAAAGCCAGUUGAGGGCAUCUCUUGGAGUAUAUAAAAUUCAGAUUCCUCGGCUUUCCUCUGGUGGCUUGGAUUCAGAAGAUGGAGGAGGAGCCCAGGAAUCUGAUACUGACAAGAACUUCAGAUGAUUAUAAUGGUCAGGUAAGCAUGGGAAACUCCUCAUUUACCUCAGUUCUGUGUUCCUCAGGCAGGACCAAACCACGAAACCAGAGAAAAACCUCUCCCUCUGGGAUCAUGACAAGGCAGCUGCUUGUCCUUUAGAAACAGGAACUUGGGGAAGGUGGCUCCUUGAUGGUCUGUGAUGCCGUCAGAGGAAAUGGGUGGUUAUGAGAACCACAGAGCCUGCAGGUGUGAGCUGGGAGCCCCGAGGACGCUAUGACAAAGCUGAAAGAGCCCUGGGCCUUCUUCCCUGGCCUGGCUGUGCUUGGGAGGGCUGUCCAGUGUUGGGGGGUCCCUAAGGAGCACCAGUCUCCUGUCUCAUCCCAGGUCUACAAACUGCUGACCACAGCAGAUGCAGAGCUACCCAAAGAGUUACCAAGAGCAUCUCCCUGAAGAGUCUCCCAGGCUGAGAGGAUUCUGAGUGUCCUAGGACUAAGGACUUUGGCAGAUGUUCCGAAGGGCCCUCCGAAGUCCUAACCUCUCCAACCAAAGCAUGCAUCUAAGCUGAGCCCCCGCCCCAAGCUUUGAUGACAGGAAAUCAAAUUUCUCUCGGCCAUGUCCUUCCGAGUGUUCUGCUGAGGAACGAUGGGAGGUCAACCCAGCAGAGGGAAAACCCUGCCAAGCCCCAGCUCGAGUCCCUCUGUCCAAGAACCGGGCCCUGUGCCCAUGCAAGCAGAGAGAAGCAGGGCCACAGCUGUGGCCCUGGGCACCUUCCCAGUAGGCGAGCACACGGAGCUGUCACUGAGCCUGGGGGAUCCAUUGACCAUCAUCUCUGAAGAUGGAGACUGGUGGACAGUGGUAUCAGAUGCUUCAGGCACAGAAUACAGCAUUCCCAACAGUCACGUGGCCAAAAUCUCCCACGGGUGGCUGUAUGAGGGCCUGAGCCGGGAGAAAGCUGAGGAACUGCUGUUGCUGCCUGGAAACUCUGGAGGUGCUUUCCUCAUCCGGGAGAGCCAGACCAGGAGAGGCUGUUACUCCCUGUCAGUCCGCCUUAGCCGCCCUACAUCGUGGGACCGGAUCAGACACUACAGGAUCCAUCGCCUUGAUAAUGGCUGGCUGUACAUCUCACCACGCCUCACCUUCCCAUCACUCCAGGCCCUAGUGGAUCACUAUUCUGAGUUGGCGGAUGAUAUCUGCUGCCUCCUCAAGGAACCCUGUGCCCUGCGGAGGGCUGGCCCACAGCCUGGCAAGUCCAUACCCCCACCUGUGACUGUGCAGAGCGCGCCACUCAAUUGGAAAGAGCUGGACAGCUCCCUCCUGUUCUCUGAAGCACCUACCCUAGGGGAGUCCCCUCUCCUCAGUGAGGGGCUCCGGGAGGCCAUCAGCUCUUACAUCAGCCUAACUGAUGACAGCUCCUUGGAUGAUGCCAUGGCCCAAAACAGAGGCCAAAAGGGAAUCCAACGCUGCAACACCUAGAUCCCCAGCUCAGCUCACCUUGAGCACGCUAGAGGCAAAUUCAGGGUCCCACUUGCAUUCUGUGCUCCUUCCUCUUUCGGCCCUAAGAAGUCACUUAACCCCCUCCCAAUGUCACAAAUCCACCUGCAACCUCUAAUUCAAGUACAGAUCAGCUGAGAACAGGGACAGGGCUCCAAAGAGACUAAACCUCUGGGGUUUGACCCAGUUUGACCUGAGUUGGGAUUUCCAUCUUCCUCCCCUGCCUACUGAAUCCCCUUCAACACACCCCACAGCUCCACCCACUAGGUAGAAGCCACCAUUCGUAUCAAGAAGAAAAAAAAAUCAUUUAAAGAAAAUUUACAAGUCUCACUCAGAAUACCAUACUUCAGAAGGUAGGACUGUAGCUAGAAGGGACAGGAAAGCAGAUGGGAUGGAUGUCUUCCCACAGCAACAGAACCCAGGAUGUCCAGCCUCUACCUGGACCUCAGAGCAAAGGGGACCCCGGACAGUCCAGGUUCUCAAACAGCCCCAUCAGGCCUCUUCUCUGGACAGUCAUAGCUCUAAGAUCUCUAUUUCAUUUUGUGGCUUAUCAUGUGAACCUGCCUAAGCUUUCCUGGCUACAGUGGCCCUGCCACCUUGUGGCCAAACACAAAAUGGCACCUUCUGGGUCUAGCCCACUGCAGUGAGGUCAGUCACAUCUCAGCACCAGGCAGGGGCAUCAGAAGGCACUAAGCUUCUCUCCACAAAACCAAGGCCACAGCCUACACCAACUCUAGCCCUUGAUUUCUCUGCUGCCCAUUAAGGAAAGAGAGGCCCAGCU